AAAAUACUAAUUAAUAAGAGGUUAGGUUAUUAAUUUCUUCAAAGUUUUAUAGAAUGACGUGCAAGGCAAACCUUGUCUUCAGAAGGCAACAGUUCCGAUCUGUGUUGCUCGCAGCGCAGUAUCCAUGUGUCCCCCAGAAGACACAGCAACGAGUUCCUGUGGCGUUGGGUUGUGAAAAGUGAAGGCAGAGGGUGAGAAGAGAAGAGUGAUUAAGAUGAAAUCAGAGACAGUGACACUGGUGCUCGUGAAUCUAGCAAGUAUUAUGCAGAGAGCAGAUGAGUCGUUGCUUCCAGGAGUGUACAAAGAGCAUACCUCGCCACGCGUCACAAUCGUGCGCAUGUCAUAGCUCUUGGUGCUUUUCUUUGGGCUGCUGCUACCUUCCUCGUUGCCAUCUCCUCCACCUUCUUACAGGUUCUUCCUAACCUAUUUUCACCUUCUACCCGUCAAUUUUUUUCUUAUAUAGCAAUAGUUUAGAGCUAUAGAUAUCAGUCUUAUAAAUCAGAAUAACUGUUUAUAAUAAAUGAGAUUGAGAUACUCCUGUAUCAGACACUUCAAAAUGUAAAAAUGAAAUAUUUACAAGUAAUUAGGUAAAAGCUCAAGUUUUCCAAUAAUCAUGUGCAUGUUUAACAAUUUGGUGCUGCAAGAUAUGGAUUAUCAGGUGGCAAUUUCAAGAGGUUUAAAUGGGAUAGGACUUGCCAUUGUUAUUCCAGCAAUUCAGUCCCUGGUUGCUGACUCAACCGUUGAUAACAACCGUGGUAUGGCUUUUGGGUGGCUGCAACUUACAGGAAACCUAGGAAGCAUCAUCGGUGGUCUCUUCUCUGUACUUAUAGCCUCAACCACAGUUGCAGGUAUACCUGGGUGGAGAAUAGCUUUUCAUCUGGUUGCAUUGAUCAGUGUUAUUGUGGGAAUAUUGGUACGUCUCUUCGCUAAUGAUCCACACUAUUCAAAGAGCAAUCACGCAGCAACAAAUGAAGCUCCAAACAAGUCCUUUUGUUCUGAAAUGAAAGACCUAAUGAAGGAAGCAAAGUCAGUGAUUGGAAUUCCAACUUUUCAGAUAAUUGUGGCUCAGGGAGUGUUUGGAUCAUUCCCCUGGUCAGGUUUGUCAUUUGCCACGCUUUGGUUAGAACUAAUAGGCUUCUCCCAUGUGACAACAGCGACCCUUUGGACCUUAUUUAUAGUUGCUGCUUCAUUUGGAUCGUUAUUUGGAGGGUGGAUGGGAGAUUUUUUAUCCAAAAAAUUACCCAACUCUGGUAGAAUAGUAUUGUCUCAAAUAAGCGCUGGGUCAUCCAUUCCUUUAGCAGCAAUUUUGCUGUUGGGAUUGCCAGAUGAUUCAUCUACUGCCUUCACGCAUGGUCUUGUUCUAAUCAUCAUGGGAUUCACCACAUCCUGGAAUGCUCCAGCCACUAACAAUCCAAUAUUUGCAGAAAUAGUUCCUGAGAAGUCUCGAACAGCUAUAUAUGCUUUGGAUUGUUCAUUCGAGUCUAUUUUGGCAUCUUUUGCUCCUCCUAUUGUUGGAGUGUUGGCUCAGCGUGUUUAUGGUUACAGACCAAUCCCAAGGGGAUCCUCAGAUUCUGUGGGGAUUCAAACUGACAGGGAAAAUGCUGCGUCUCUCGCCAAGGCACUUUACACUGCAAUUUUAAUUCCGAUGAUAAUCUGUGUCUCCGUCUAUUCAUUGCUUUACUACACCUAUCCAAGGGACAGGGAACGAGCAAGAAUGGUAUCGUUAGUGGACUCAGAAAUGCUCCGUCUACAACUGGAAGAUGCCACCAACGAAGAACAUUACCAAGUUUCUGAUUUAGAAUCAAAUUGGGUGAUUGGUAAGGAAAGUAGCAAGUUCCACAUCGAUUAUCCAAUGGAAGAGAGUGUGGAGGUAGAUGAUGAUGAUGAUAAGAAAGUUUUUUUGUCCUAGUGUUAGUUCAGUUCUGCAACCAAACAGUGGUUCGUUGAUCAAAUGUUAUAGAUAUAUAUUGGAGACCUCUGCAAAAUGUCGGUACGAUGUUUAUUCCUUAAUUUUUGAUGAAUGAAUCAUAUGUCUCAAAAUCCCCUGGCAUGGUCAUUUCACUUUAUGUCAGGGGGGUUAGAUCUGUA